UUUAAACAAUGAAAUGGACCACUUUAGUGUUGUGUUCUGUCUCUGUGUGUAUCUGGCGGAAUUCCCAAUGUUGCAAAGCAAUACCAAUACCAUUGCUAAAACAUUGAAAUUAGGCAGAUCAGGUGAUCAAAAUCAUCUCUGUGGAUUCUGAAGGCUUUUAAUUAAUUCACGCUUUUCACCAGAAUGAGUCCAACUCUGAUGAAAUUGAAAUCUCCAAUGUCAAUGCAAAUACUCGAUUUCCAUUACAUGAUGAGUAAUCGCUGUUAUCGACCUCCCAGUUUCAGGUGUGAAAUGCCCAAUUCAUCACCAUUGUUGCAAUCGGAAGGAAAAACAAGGGUAGGGACGAUGACCUCACAUACAGGGAGGGACCCACUUGUGGAAAAACCCAAAUGGUUGAGGCAAAAAGCUCCUCAAGGUAACAAGUUUCAACAAGUCAAGGAGUCUCUGUCUCGCUUGAAUCUCCAUACGGUUUGUGAAGAAGCCCAAUGUCCCAACAUUGGAGAGUGUUGGAAUGGAGGGGGAGAUGGAAUUGCAACAGCAACAAUCAUGGUUCUUGGUGAUACAUGCACUCGUGGUUGCAGAUUUUGCGCUGUUAAAACUAGUAGAAAUCCACCACCUCCUGAUCCUAAGGAACCAGAAAAUACAGCCAUGGCUGUUGCUAGUUGGGGUGUUGAUUACAUUGUUUUAACGAGUGUUGAUCGGGAUGAUUUGCUUGAUGGUGGAAGCGGCCAUUUUGCUCAGACCGUCAAUGCACUGAAGAAACUCAAGCCUGAAAUCAUGGUAGAAUGUUUAACAUCUGAUUUUAGGGGAGACUUGAAGGCUGUAGAUACACUGGUGCAUUCGGGAUUAGAUGUUUUUGCUCACAAUAUCGAAACUGUCAAGCGGCUUCAGCGAAUAGUUAGAGAUCCACGGGCAGGGUAUGAACAGAGCUUGUCCGUACUGAAGCAUGCAAAAAUUAGCAAGGAAGGAAUGAUUACUAAAACAUCUAUAAUGUUAGGACUUGGGGAAACUGAUGAUGAAUUAAAGGAAGCCUUGGCUGAUCUUCGGGCCAUUGAUGUUGAUAUUCUUACACUCGGACAGUAUUUACAGCCGACACCAUUGCAUCUCACAGUUAAAGAGUAUGUCACUCCGGAGAAGUUUGCUUUCUGGAAGGAGUAUGGAGAAGCUAUCGGUUUCCGCUACGUUGCUAGUGGACCUCUCGUGCGUUCAUCAUAUCGAGCUGGAGAGCUUUUUGUGCAGAGCAUGGUGAAAGAAUCAAAUCGUGGCAAUUCUAGCUCAGAGUUAUACAGCUGAUAUAAUAUGUAGUACAUAAGAGGAAUCAACCCAUAAAGAGGCAACAUUUGACAUAAAUGUCUUAUACAACAUUAUAGUUUCAGUAGAAAUUUUUAUUAUUUAUUCCAUGUAGUCAUACUGAUACAGCAUGAUUGUCUCUUGUAGGAUAUUUCCAAUUGUUUAAUUUUAGCAAUACAGAUGUUUUUUUUUCUGAGAAAGUUCUUUUUUCUUUGGAUGUUUUUGUUUGUUUGGACGACAUGAAACCGAAUGAAAAACGAAAACAAAGCACAGCAGAGCUGAAAUUCUUGCUACUCCAUGUUACAACUGCGAGCCAAGGAAUGAGUUGAUUCAAUCAACUUUCAACAGAUAGGAGUAGGUGACAUUGAUUGUCAAGAUUGAAUGAUAGUAACUGUAGAAGGUCGACCAAGAAAAACUUGACUAGUUCAAUGUGCUUGUAGAAAUUUACUCGAGAAGUACUCGACUCAAGCAAUGCUGCA